GUCUCGACGCUGUCCUAAUCUCUUGCACCAGGUUCGAUAUGGCAUGGCUUGUGGCUGCUCUUUCUAUGGUUGUUAUCUGGGUCGCUUCUGUAUGCAAGAUUUUCUUUGGAGCAACAUUUAGUUCAGAAGCUGUGAUUCUUGAUGAUGGUGAAACACAUCACAAGAUAAAUGUGUUGUUUGUCAUUGCACAUCCUGAUGAUGAGUCAAUUUUCUUUUCUCCAACGAUAAACUACUUAACUGCCAAUGCCUACAACAUUCACAUCCUAUGCUUGUCCACUGGUAACAUAUGAAUUUAUUUUUGUUUCAGGUAAGAUGAGCUGCAUCAGGCUUGUGCAGUACUCAGGGUUCCUCUUCAACAGUUAAAGAUUGUGGACCAUCCAAAUUUACAGGAUGGUUUUGGGCAAGUAUGGAGCCAUGAUUUGUUAACGGAAAUCAUCAGUGAAGAAGUCAUUAGUCACGAUAUUCACACGAUCAUGACAUUCGACAGCUAUGGUGUCUCGGGUCAUUGCAAUCACCGUGAUGUGCACCGUGGAGUAGUAAAGUUCUUGCAGACUAAUUCAGAAAGAAAUAUCAAAGCUUGGCAACUUGUAAGCCUUAAUACCUUUCGCAAGUACUGUGGACCUAUCGACAUUUGGCUGUCAAUCUUGUCAGCCAAAAGACAUCGGAGUAAGGUAAUCAUCAUAAACGAGCAGCCUUUGAAAAGCUAUGAUGCAAUGGCACAACAUUUAAGCCAAUGGGUGUGGUUUAGAAAGCUUUUCGUUUCAUUUUCAAGCUAUACAUACACGAAUACACUUCAAAGAAUCAACCCUUGAGUCAGAUCUUGAA